AUGUCCGUACAUCGCAGGGGCGGUGCUGCAAGGGCAGAUCAUAAACCCUCAAGGGGAGGCUCGGGGCCCCCCAGCAACCUCAAGAGGCAUGCUGCUGCUGCUGCCAACAGCAGCAGCAGCAACAACAAUAGCAGCAACAAGCGAGGCGGCUUCUCGUUUAGGGGACGAGGUCGAGGUGGGGGCCCCCCGCGUGGCCGUGGGGGCCCCCCACGGCCUCGCGGAGGGUUUGGUGGGAGGAAAGGUAGCAACAGCGGCGGCGACAGCAGCAGCAGCUCAGCUGAUGGUAAGAAACCGCAGCAGCAGCAGCAGCAACAGCAGCAUCAGCACAAUGACAGGCCUCAGCAGAAACCAUAUCAGAAGCAGCAGCAGCAGCAGCAGCAGCAGCGGGACAAGCCGCAUGCACAGCAUGACAAUGACGACGAUACAAUAAAAAAAGAGCAGCAGCAGCUGCAGCAGCAGGUGAAGGCUGCACUGCAGCAGCAGCGCAGCAAAGAUGCUUCUGCUAGGCGUUAUGAUGGGUGGCAGCAGCGGCAGCAACAGAAGCAGCAGCGGCAACAGCAGCAGCAGCAGAAGCGGCAUGGCAGCACUUCUAACGACGGCGGCAAUAUUGCGGGGAGUCCCUUUGUUGCUGCUUCCUCUUCUGCUGCUGCAGUUGCAGCAGCAGCAGCAGCAGAUAAGCUGCUGCAGCAAGAAGAUGUGCUGCAGUGGUUAGACACCUGGGGAGGAAACCCUUGGCAUGCAGCAGCAAAGAAUGUUGAGAGCGCCCUAAUGGAGCUCCGUGUCCCCUCCAGCAGCAGCAACAGCAGCAGCAGCAACAGCAGCAGCAGCAGCAGCAGCAGCAGCAUAGAUUGGGGGCUGUGGGCUGCUGUAGGGGAUAAGGCGCUGCAGCACCUAACAGCUCGGCUGUAUGCGCUGUUGGAGACAGACGCAGAGCAGCGAUGGAUAUUAAAGAAUGCAGGUUUGCUGCAGCAGCACGACAAGCAGCAGCAGCAGCAGCAGCAGCAGUAUAAGAAGCCGUGGAAUAAGGGUGCAGCAGCAACAGCAGCAGGAGAGCAGCAAAAGGGCCCCACACGUACUGAUGAGGUAUCAUCAUUAGUAUUAUUAACGCAGCAGUCUCCUAUAUGCAGCAGCAAAUGUUUGCUGCGUCUGCUGCAGCUUGCUGCAGCAAGAAACAGAACAGCAGCGCAUGCAGCAGCAGCACAAUUAUUUGAUCUUUUUUCUGGUCCUCUGCUGCUGCCCUCCUUUAGGAAGCUGCAGGGCAUGCAGCAGAAGCCCCAGUGGCUGCUAGAGAGAGUAGCACAGGUGCUGCCGCUGCUGCAGCAGCAGCUGGAGCAAGUGCAGCAGCAGCAGCAGCAGACGGAGCAGCAGCAGAAGAAAAAGAAACCAAAACAGGAUGAGCAGCAGCAGCAGCCAGAAAAGAAAAAUCCUUCAAGAGCUGCUGCUGUUGUGCUGCUGCAGCUGCUGCUGCUGUGGCGCUUCGAGGAAAGACUGGCGCAGCACUACAGCUCCUUUGUUACGUUGUUGCAGUCAUUAUCUGACGAUACUGUCUCCACCUUAUCAUGCAAAGCAGCAAAGUUUGCUGCUUUGCUGCUGAUUAAGAAACCGCAGCAGGAGCAGCAGCUGCUGUCUCUUCUUGUCUCCAAGCUUGCGUCUAAUGAGGGAAAGGUAGCAUCUUGUGCUUCUUUGCAGCUAGCCUUGCUGCUGCGGCGUCAUAGGCCAAUGCUGCCUGUUGUUAUAUCUUAUGUAUCUGAUUUCUCCUUUAGACGUCUUGCUGCUGUGCUGCAGCAAGGAGAGCAGCAAGCAGCAGAUGCAUGCAGAAGCCUUCUUGCGGUGUAUAGACAGUCCAGACAUAGAUUACCUGCACGAUUUAAGUAUAGACGUCAUGAGCUGCAGCAGCAGCAGCAGCAGCAGAUGGGGAAUACACCCCACAAGAUGAUGCCUACAUCCCGCACUGCUAUAAGAGCACGGGAGCUGCUGCGGCUGCUGCUGCGGAGGAAGAAGAGCAGCAGCAGCAGCAGCAGCAGCACUAAUGAUGCGGGGCAGCAUACAGAAGCAGCAGCUAGGGUGUAUGAUCUGCUGCUGCCCCCCAAGUUUGCUGCUGGGCUGCAGGCUGUCUAUCGGUGUCUCCUCUUCCUCUCUGAGCUCAUCUUUAAAGAGGAGGAUGGUGCUGCAGCAGCAAAGCUGGUGAGCACAUAUUUAGCUGUAUUUAAACGUUUGGCGGACUUUGGGGUGUCUCUGCAGCCAUUGCUGCAGCAGGCGUUAGGCCCAAAGAAACCAGCAGCAGCAGCAGCAGGAGCAGGAGCAGGAGCAGGAGCAGCAGCAGCACCAAAGAAGCAGCUAGCUCUGCUCCCUCCUCUAUAUCUAGCUUCUUGCUGCAACAGACUUGUACGUGUGCUGCUAUCGGGUAUGUUACGAGCCUUACCAUACGUAUCUCCUGCAGCAGCAGCGCCAUUGUUGUUGCAGUCCCCAGUUAAGCCCUACAAGCCCAACCAACAGAACC